CAAGAACAAUGGCGAGCUCUUUGAAGAAGACAUGGUCGCCGCUGCAAAGGUGCCUCACUGGCCCAUUCCUGCUCCUGACUCACCACUGUUUGCUCUUGCUGAGGAACAAGUCGGUCAGGAAGCCACACCGCAGCCAUGGCUUUUAAAGACAUGGGAAAGACAUCUGUGGAACCAGAGGUGGCCAUUCACCAGAUUAGAAUUCCUAUAACCAGCAGCAGCAUAAAAUCCCUGGAGAAGGAGUGUGCUGACUUGAUUAGAGGCACAAAGGAGAAGAACCUCAAAGUGAAGGGACCAGUUAGGAUGCCUACCAAGACUUGGAGAAUAACUAUGAGGAAAAGCAGUCCUUGUGGCAAAAGUUCUAAGACCUGCGAUCGUUUCCAGAUGAAAAUCCCCAAGCGACUCAUCCACUUGCACAGUCCUUCCCAGACUGUUAAGCAGAUCACUUCCAUCAGUAUUGAGCCUGGGACAGAGGUUGAAGUCACCAUUACAGAUGCUUAAAUCAACUACUUUAAUAAAUUAUCAGUUGGUUAAAAAAGAAAAGAACGAGGGUGAAAUUAAGACAGUCCCAGACAAAAAUAGAGGGGAAUUCAUUACAACUAAAACUGUUCUAUAAGAAAUGCUAAAGGGAGUUCUUCAGAUGGAAAGGAAAGGACACUAGACAGUAACUCAAAGCCUUACACAGAAAAAACAAUCUCUGGUAAAGAUAAUUUCAUGGGCAAAUGUAAGAGACAGUUUUAUAUUUUUGGUUUAUAACUACAGGUGUUAGGUCCCACUUGAUAUAAAACAAAUGCAUUUAAAAUUACUUUAUGUUGGAGCACUGGUGGCACAGUGGUUAAAAGCCCAGGCUGCUAACCAAAAGGUCAGCAGUUCAAAUCCACC